AUGGCAUCUAACUAUGGGACCGACAAUGAUCUUGAACGUGUCAUUCAAGGCUUUGAUCCGGCAAGAUUUUUCGAUCUUUCAUCUUAUAUGUUUGACAAGAAAGGUGAUCUUCGAUACUGUAAUGAAGAACCGUUGAAGUUAACCCGUGGUAAAUGGAAUUAUUACACUCCAUUUAGAGGUUGGAUACGUUAUGGUUUGAAUAUCGAUAAAUUUGGUUCUAGCGGUAAACAAUGGAUUGCAUGUGAUGGUGUUGCUGGUGAAUGGGCUGUUGGAUUUCAUGGAAUUCGUCGUAAUGUGUUAGAAGUAUUAAAAUCCAUAGCUUCUGAAGGUUUAAAAGUUUUUCAAGGUGCGAACAGUGAAUGGGGCACAACCUCAAAAGAUAUUGGCUCAAAUGCAUCUUUAUUUAAUGAGAAAACAUGUGGAAAAGGUGUAUUUUUAACAUCACAGAUCAAACAUCUGAUAGACAAUACGGAACAUUGUAGAUUAAUCAAACCUAUUCAAUACAAUAAACAUUAUUAUAUAGAAAUUGCUUUACAAUGUCGAAUACAGCCGAAGAAAAUUCGAGUACCAGAAUGUUCCAAAAAUGAAUAUUAUAUUGUGAACGAUCCAACGUAUGUUCGUCCAUAUGGAAUUGUUAUUCAUUUUUUGACUGAGGCACAAGCAAAAACUAUUUUAGAAGAUAAUGACUUUAAUUUACAACCAGCUAUUCCAUUUGUCCAAUAG